AACAGAGGAAAUGCAUCCUGCAGUUGCAUCUCCCUAAUGGGUCAGAGUUCUAUGAUUCCUUCUCUCGCUCUUCGACAACUUAUUUUCCACCUGGAUCUUCAAAGGCUAUCUAUCGCACAACAAGCCACGAUCAGAACCCUGAGCGAUGUGGCUUGGAAUACUACCGGUCCCUUCACUUUGCAAUAUAUUGAUUUAAUGCCG